UGUGGGUUAGUUCAUCUUCCAGCUGAGAAGGCUGAAGAUUUCCGAUUGUACCCAUCGAAUCGUCGUCGUCUGGUGGUGGUGUUGAAUAUCCUCGUUCCGGUGCAGCAAGCAUAACUCCAGCAUAGCUACCAACAUGGUGCACUACUCCCGUCUGCUGAACGUACAGGCCCGCAAGGUUGUCCGUUACGCCGUCGACGUCCAGGAGCGUCAGUUCCAUGCGUCUUGUGCCGCAGCCUCGAAGGUCGCUCUGUCCAAGUUCGACCAGAAUGUGUACCUGCCGUACGAGAAAUUGCAGAAGAACCUGGAGGUGGUGAAGAAGCGCCUCGGCCGCCCGCUCACGCUCAGCGAGAAAGUGCUGUACUCGCAUCUGGAUGACCCGGCAAACCAGGACAUCCAGCGUGGUGUCUCGUACCUGCGCCUGCGACCGGAUCGUGUCGCGAUGCAGGAUGCCACAGCUCAGAUGGCGAUGCUGCAGUUCAUCUCGUCCGGUCUGAAGAAGGUCGCUGUGCCAUCGACUAUCCACUGCGACCAUCUGAUCGAGGCGCAAAUCGGUGGCGAGAAGGAUUUGGCCCGCGCGAAGGACAUCAACGCCGAGGUGUACAAGUUCCUGUCGACGGCCGGUGCGAAAUACGGCGUUGGCUUCUGGAAGCCAGGCUCUGGCAUCAUCCACCAAAUCAUCCUGGAGAACUACGCGUUCCCCGGUCUGCUGAUGAUCGGUACUGACUCGCACACGCCGAAUGGUGGAGGUCUCGGUGGACUGUGCAUCGGUGUCGGUGGUGCUGAUGCCGUCGACGUAAUGGCCAACAUCCCGUGGGAGCUGAAGUGCCCCAACGUGAUCGGUGUGCACCUGACGGGCAAGAUUAGCGGCUGGACGUCGCCUAAGGACGUUAUCCUGAAGGUGGCGGACAUCCUGACCGUGAAAGGCGGUACCGGUGCGAUCGUGGAGUACACUGGCAAGGGUGUCGAUUCGAUCUCGUGCACGGGUAUGGCGACAAUCUGCAACAUGGGCGCUGAAAUUGGUGCUACCACGUCGGUGUUCCCCUUCAACAAGCGUAUGGCGGAUUACCUGGCCUCGACGGGCCGUUCGUCGAUCGCCGCUGAGGCAACCAAGUUCCAGUCCAGCGUACUGACGGCUGAUGCCGGCGCCAAGUACGAUCAGGUGAUCGAAAUCAAUCUGGACAAGCUUGAACCGCAUAUCAACGGACCGUUCACCCCUGAUCUAGCACAUCCCAUCAGCAAGUUGGGCGCGAACGCCAAGAAGAACGGUUACCCGAUGGACAUCCGUGUUGGCCUGAUCGGUUCGUGCACGAAUUCGUCGUACGAGGACAUGGGCCGUUGCGCCUCGAUCGCUAAGAACGCGAUGAAGCACGGUUUGAAGUCGAAAAUUCCGUUUAACGUGACUCCUGGAUCGGAGCAGAUCCGUGCCACGAUCGAACGUGAUGGCAUCGCGAAGACGUUCAAGGAGUUCGGUGGCACCGUGCUGGCCAACGCUUGUGGUCCCUGCAUCGGCCAGUGGGACCGUAAGGACGUGAAGAAGGGCGAGAAGAACACCAUCGUGACGUCGUACAACCGCAACUUCACCGGUCGUAACGAUGCCAACCCUGCCACGCAUUGCUUCGUCACCAGCCCUGAACUGGUAACGGCCCUGUCGAUUGCUGGUACCCUGAACUUCAACCCACUGACUGAUGAACUGACCGGCUCGGAUGGCAAGAAAUUCAAGCUGGAAUCGCCGUUCGGUGACGAGCUUCCCCAGAAAGGAUUCGACCCUGGCAUGGACACCUACGAGGCACCGCCGUCGGAUGGCUCCAGUGUGAAGGUCGAUGUUGAUCCGAAGAGCCAGCGUCUCCAGCUGCUCGAACCGUUCGACGUGUGGAACGGCAAGGAUCUGUCCGAAAUGACCGUUCUGAUCAAGGUAAAGGGCAAGUGCACCACCGAUCACAUCUCGGCUGCCGGCCCGUGGUUGAAGUACCGUGGCCAUCUGGACAACAUCUCGAACAACAUGUUCAUUGGUGCUACGAACAUCGAAAAUAACGAAAUGAACAAAAUCAAGAACCAGGUUACGGGUGAGUGGGCUGGCGUUCCCGAUGUGGCUCGCUUCUACAAGGCUAAGGGCAUCAACUGGGUCGCUGUCGGCGAUGAGAACUACGGUGAGGGCUCGUCUCGCGAGCAUGCCGCCCUGGAACCACGCCAUUUGGGUGGACGUGUCAUCAUCACAAAGUCGUUCGCUCGUAUCCACGAGACCAACCUCAAGAAGCAGGGUCUGCUGCCCCUGACCUUUGCCAACCCCGCCGAUUACGAUAAGGUCCAGCCGCACUCGAAGAUCUCGAUUCUGGGUCUGAACAACUUCGCCCCAGGCAAGCAGCUGGACUGCGAGAUCAAGACCGACGGUAAGGUGGAUAAGGUUAAGCUGAACCACUCGUUCAACGAGCAGCAGAUCGAAUGGUUCAAGGCCGGCAGUGCCCUCAACCGCAUGAAGCAGAUCACGGCCUAAAUAGGUGCAACCGAAGGGACUAUCCAGUUUCUCGACCGUAUCCCUCGUUUUGGCCAUCAUCUAUACCACAAUCGGCAGGAAGAGAUUCUUGAGAGAGAGAGAGAAAACGAAUGAGAGAAAGCGAGAUAAGAAAAGCACCCAGUACCUCUUACCCGAGGAAAUGCGACUAUUAUUAGUUGGUUCGCAGCCAGUUUGCUGUGGACCGGUUUAUGUGUGUGAUUGUUUUUAAAUCAAUUAUAAAAAGCCAUUGGUCGCGGCUGCGGUUCUAAUUGUAAAUAGAGAACAAACAUUACCCUGGUGCAAUCGCGAAGCUAACCCCCCGCUACUUAAUGUAAACUGUACUCGUACUAGAUUGGCCGGUAGAAGUGAUGAAUAUCUCAACAUGAUGAGCAAACCAAAAUACCUAAGAUCCAGGCGAUUCGUCGUCCCCAUUCAGGCUACUUACCGCACGAAUGAAUGCAAUUUAAUGUUAGAGGAAACGAAUGUGCAAGAGUUUAACCCCCUACAUCUUCGAACUCCGACCGGCGUCCUCUCGCCCGCCGGAGGUAGUUGGCGGACGAACGCGUUAUUAGCAUGUAUCUCUUAUCGUACUAAAUGAAACGGAAAAUAAACUUCCUGUGUUUUAUUCGG